AUGUUUCAAGAACCUGAUGUUCAAGGAGUCCGUGUUUUUCUUUUCAAAAAGCGAUGGCUACUGCCACUGAUCCUUGACCUUCGUUUGACUCCAUUGGGAAAUUUCCAUCGGGAACAAGUCCUGUUCAACAUGGGCGUACGUUCGCUGGUCGUCUUGCUCCUGUGGCUGUUUGCAUUCUUCAGUGUUGAGGUCUGUGGAUCGAGAGUAGACUCGAGGGAAUCCACAAUUGCAUAUAUUCCAGCAUGCGGUCUUCGAUGUCUCUUCCUCGAGCUUCCAGCAAGUGGUUGCGCGCCUACAGACCUUGCGUGUUUUUGUUCCAAUGAGCCGCUCGAAUACGCCUUGGCCGCAUGCUUGCUUGUGAACUGCACUAUGCAGGACUCAUUAGAAACAUCGCGAGUACAAGCGGACCUCUGCAAUCUAUCAAACGAUUCCAAGACCCAAGAGGUGAUCUUGUACACAAGCAUUGUGUAUUCGAUUGCUUUCUUGUCUGUAGCUUUGAGGAUAUGCGGUAAGGCAGUAUCGAAGAGACUGGCUUGGGACGAUGUGAUGGUUGUGGCAGCCCUACUUCUGACAGCGUUACCGCUGGGAUUCGUUCUUGACAUGACCAAGAAAGGUUUUGGCGAGCAUCUGUGGAAUCUCGAGGACAACAAACUAUCUCCAAUCUUGCGCAACUUGUACAUCUCAUGGUCUACGUACAUCAUCAUCCUUUGUAUGAUCAAGAUCUCCCUAGUCCUAUUCUAUCUUGAGAUCUUCAAAGCACGCAGAUUCCAGAUCACCGCCUACGUCUUCAUCGGUUUUAUGGUUGCCAACAGUUUCGCCAUCUUUUGUGUCACCAUCCUUGCCUGCAAUCCGAUACCUUCUUUCUGGAACCGGAACAUUAAGGGUAAAUGCAUUGACAUUCAGGCGGGUGCCUAUGCCAAUUCAGCUUCUGCCAUCAUACAGGACGUCAUUCUGUUGAUACUGCCAUUGGCCUUCGUCAAGCAUCUUCAAAUGAGACGCUCUCGUAAGGUUGCUGUGGGUUUUAUGUUCUGCAUUGGUACUUUCGGAGUUAUCGCUACCCUCAUGCGGUUGCCUUCCCUCAGUACGUUCCAAAUUUCGAUCGAUCCUUCUUGGGAUUACGUGCCAAUCACCAUUUGGACUGAGCUCGAGCUGGCUGCUGGCUUUCUAUGUGUAUCCUUGCCCUCCAUUCGGAUACUGUUAGUCAGGCUGCUCCCCAAGCGGGUUAAGGAAUUCUUCUUGAACAUCACACAGUCGUCGCGAAGUAAGAGCAACCCUACACCGCAACAUGCGAUGCCUGUUGAACAGCGGUCAUGGAGAAAAAACUCCUCGUGGUUCGACAUAUCUAUAGACAGCACAAAGUCCUCGGACUACAGCAGCAAAGGUAUGGAGCCGUUGACGUUAGGAUCAGGUGUGCGAGGAAGCGUCAUGAGCGCAUUUUGGAACCGCACUCCGAGCCAACCGUCACAAUUGUGGCAUCUGCGAAGUGGGUCCCGACGGCUGGAGUCUGCUAUGAGCAACUACAGCGAACUAAAUCUUGCUGUGACUAGCCCUCCGUACCAAGAAAAGAGAAACGGAGAGCAGUUAGAGCUGUCGGACGUGCCGAAAUCACAUCGUUACUGGAGUGGCAGUAGCAAUGAUGGCAACAUCACAGCUCUUCCUCAGAUCGGUUGCAUCCCAGAAGGAUCAUUCUCAGAAACCAACUUGAUGAGAGAGCACCGAGGACUGAGUGUACAAAGGUCACGCCAUGAGCAAGGAAUGGUAUAA